CUCCUGCAGGUCCAGAUGGAUCCGUCCGGGUCCUUCUUCGCUACCAGCUGCUCCGAUAAAAACAUCUCCAUCUUUGACUACGAGUCAGGGGAGUGUGUUGCCACCCUGUUCGGACACGCUGAGAUCGUCACCUGUAUGAGAUUCAGUCAGGACUGCAGACAUCUCAUCACCGUGUCUGGAGACAGUUGUGUGUUUGUGUGGAGGUUGGACUCCCAGAUGACGAGCGUGAUGAGGAAGAGGCGGGGCUUACAGCUGGGCGCCGCGGCUGAAACCGGCAGCAAGCCCAGCAUCAG